AUGCCGUCUGGUGUCUUGGUGCUGGUGCUGGUGCUGGUGCUGGUGCUGGCCCUGCUGGUGCGGGUGCGCUGCUGCGAGCGAGGACCGACUGAAACUGCCAGUCUGCCCGACGGCUUUCCCACGCGACGGGCCCGGACAGGGGGGGGGAAGCACACACUCGCCGAUGGCUGCGACUCCAACCUAACUACUGAUCCCGCCAACCGCAACGCCCGGCACCGUCAAGUGGCACUGCUGCAACGCUCCCGAGGGGCGAACCGUUGUCCUUUCCGAGCCACCGCGUCCUCGACGGGCCUGGUGACGUUGGCGACGGGGCAAGAGACGCUGCUCGCUGUCGGCGCGCGCGCACACUUGGGCAGGCCAGAUUGCUUUGGCCCAACAAGCUGGUCGACUGCCUUUUUGCGACUGGCUGCUGCAAAAGGCGCAGGAUCGCCUUGUUGCUUUUGGGCGGCAAAAAGAAAACGUCAAUGGAGGAGGCGGCGGCGGCUGCUGCAUGUCAUUGUGUUAAUCAGGUUCGCGAGCCGUGCGCUGACUGUGUUCUUUGGAGGAGGGGAGCAGCGCGAGGGGUGUCAUGCGGCUUACCUCUCUACCCAACUGGCCCGCGGGUUGCUGCUUGCCCUCGCUUUGUUCGCAGGCAGGUGGUGUCAAGAUCUGGAGAGGAUCAAAGUGCCGGUUCCGUCGUGCGGUCCCUCUUCAACGCUCUGGACAGGUGGGCGUCAUGGCACGUUCAAAUACACGACAUCAGUGCAUCCCAAGCAAAAGUCGAGUGCGGAGCAGCCCUAUCCUUGCGCUCAUCUCGCGCUCGCGACACUACAGCUUCACCAUGACCAGGACCAUUCCUGCAAGCAUGCCCCUCCUGGCUGUCAAGGAGCCAGGGCAGUCAUGCGACCUUGUUUGAGGCGUCUGUGGCGCCUUUGUGCACAGAUGGAGAUCCACAACCCGGGCGACAGCACUGUCGCCAACACAUGUACACACGUAUACAUAACCACGCGCCUCAACGACGGCUCUGUCGCGUCUGGACCAGUGGGCCAUGGGACGUGUCAGCUGGUCGCUCACGUCGCCAUUGUUGCCAGCACUGCCAGGGCGGGCUCGCUCUCCCUUCCGCACACGGCGAGCAGCCUUGCGGAAUUGGAAUUGCAUUGCAAACAUGGCCGGGACGGCGACUCAGCGGUUCCUGGAGAGGUGCUGGGAUUGGGAGGGCAUGGGCCAGUUUGGAAGAGCCAUGGAAGGCCGCUAGAAGGAACAAAGGCACGGUGCAUAAGACGUGUCCUAGCCGUGCAGCGGGCGACAAGUCUGCGUGCCGGCAAAGGGCCCAAGCACAAAGGUGGGUUUGAGACAGCAGAAAGAAGCAUAGCAUUCUCAAUCCCCAAGACGUCUGGCUCUGCUGCAGAGCAGCCUAUUGGCGAGGCUUGUACAGAAUGGCGGAGGCUGGGAGGGGGGAUGCCCUUCUGGCCUUGUGAGACGGCCGUCGACGCCCCUGAAGCUCCGUGGAAACACUUUGGGCUCACGAACGACGCGCCUUUCCCACCCCCCACGAGGCCGCCACACAGCUGUAACCCGCAGAAACACCUGCGACAGGCGGCACGUGGUGCGUUCUCGGACAAGGGCACGACGGCUACGCUGUCUGAAUCUCCCACCGACAUUUCAAAACAUUUGGGCCAUGUAGCUGGACGCAGUUGCGGUGAAGGAGUCGUGGACUGGCCUGGCACCGGGCUGCUUGGGGCGCUCGGUAUGCUUCCGCUAGAUCCGUCUGUGCUUGCGCGUCCCACCCCGGCCAAAGUAUCUGCCGGGGCCCACCAGUCCCAGCCUCACUGUGUUUCGAUCAUCGACACACGUACCCCCUAA